UCUUUCUCAUUGUUUCUCUCUCUCUUUCUCUUUCUCCUUCGUUAAAAUCCCCAAACCUCGUCUUAGAGAAAUCCAGAAGCUUCUCCCGAAUCAGAGGCGGGAAAGCCCUCGCAUAGUAGACAGUAAAUCCAGAAGAAGAAGAAGAAGAAGAUGAGCUCAUGGAACUACGUCGUCACGGCUCACAAGCCCACCAGUGUCACUCACUCGUGCGUGGGAAACUUCACCAGUCCCCAAGAGCUCAACCUCAUCGUCGCGAAAUGUACUCGAAUUGAGAUCCAUUUGCUUACCCCACAAGGCCUUCAGCCUAUGCUGGAUGUUCCUAUAUAUGGAAGGAUUGCUACUUUGGAGUUGUUCAGGCCCCAUGGCGAAACACAAGACUUUUUGUUCAUCGUAACUGAGAGACACAAAUUCUGUGUUCUUCAGUGGGAUGCUGAGUCCUCCGAGCUUGUCACAAGAGCAAUGGGGGAUGUUUCUGAUCGUAUAGGCCGACCAACAGACAAUGGUCAGAUUGGCAUAAUAGAUCCAGAUUGUAGAUUAAUUGGACUCCACCUGUAUGACGGCUUGUUCAAGGUUAUACCAUUUGACAAUAAGGGACAGCUCAAGGAAGCUUUUAAUAUCAGGCUGGAGGAGUUGCAGGUUCUGGAUAUCAAGUUCCUGUUUGGAUGUGCAAAGCCCACAAUUGCAGUACUUUAUCAGGACAACAAAGAUGCUCGUCAUGUUAAAACAUAUGAAGUCUCUCUAAAAGAUAAGGACUUUGUCGAGGGUCCAUGGUCACAGAACAAUCUCGACAAUGGUGCUGACUUACUGAUUCCCGUACCACCACCUCUCUGUGGCGUCCUUAUUAUUGGUGAAGAAACAAUUGUCUAUUGCAGUGCUAAUGCAUUCAAAGCAAUACCAAUACGACCUUCCAUCACUAAAGCAUAUGGAAGAGUUGAUGUUGAUGGCUCUAGGUAUCUUCUUGGUGACCAUGCUGGACUGGUUCACCUGCUUGUUAUAACACACGAGAAAGAAAAGGUCACUGGCCUAAAAAUUGAGCUCCUGGGUGAAACGUCCAUUGCAUCCACUAUAUCAUACCUUGACAAUGCCGUUGUCUUUGUCGGCUCAAGCUAUGGCGAUUCUCAGCUAGUAAAGCUAAAUCUACAUCCUGAUGCGAAAGGCUCAUAUGUAGAAGUCUUGGAGAGGUAUACCAACCUGGGGCCUAUUGUCGACUUCUGUGUAGUCGACCUCGAGAGACAAGGGCAAGGCCAGGUUGUAACUUGUUCUGGGGCAUUUAAGGAUGGUUCCCUCCGCAUAGUUCGCAAUGGCAUAGGAAUCAAUGAACAGGCGUCUGUGGAACUUGAAGGCAUCAAGGGAAUGUGGUCGUUGAAAUCUUCAGUUGAUGAAGCCUUCGACACAUUCCUCGUGGUUAGCUUUAUCAGUGAAACUCGCAUAUUAGCCAUGAACCUUGAGGAUGAACUGGAAGAAACUGAGAUUGAGGGCUUCUUGUCCCAAGUCCAGACUUUGUUUUGCCAUGAUGCUGUGUACAAUCAGCUUGUACAGGUUACCUCAAAUUCUGUUAGACUAGUCAGCUCUACAACUAGAGAAUUGCGGGAUGAGUGGCAUGCCCCAGCUGGAUUCACUGUUAAUGUUGCAACCGCAAAUGCCAGCCAGGUUCUUCUGGCGACUGGAGGUGGGCAUUUGGUUUAUCUAGAAAUUGGAGAUGGGAAAUUGACAGAAGUGCAACAUACUGUUCUUGAGUACGAGGUUUCUUGCCUUGACAUCAACCCCAUCAGCGACAAUCCUAACUACAGUCAGCUAGCUUCGGUUGGGAUGUGGACAGAUAUAAGCGUCAGGAUUUUUUCCCUGCCAGAACUGACUCUUAUUACAAAAGAGCAACUAGGAGGAGAGAUCAUUCCCCGUUCUGUUCUUCUCUGUUCAUUCGAAGGGAUAUCUUACUUGCUCUGUGCUCUCGGAGAUGGUCAUCUUUUGAACUUCCAGUUGGACACAACUACUGGUCAAUUGAAAGACAGAAAGAAAGUAUCACUUGGGACUCAGCCUAUAACUCUGCGUACGUUUUCAUCUAAAAGCGCCACACACGUCUUCGCUGCAUCAGAUAGACCAACCGUAAUCUAUAGCAGCAAUAAGAAGCUGUUAUACAGCAAUGUCAAUCUUAAAGAAGUUAGUUAUAUGUGUCCUUUCAACUCUGCUGCUUUUCCCGACAGUUUGGCGAUUGCCAGAGAAGGUGAACUCACGAUUGGAACCAUUGAUGAUAUUCAGAAGCUUCACAUACGCACUAUUCCUCUGGGAGAGCAUGCUCGUCGAAUCUGCCAUCAGGAACAGACACGUACAUUUGGUAUCUGCAGUUUGGGAAACCAGACAAAUGCUGAAGAAUCUGAAAUGCAUUUUGUUCGUCUGUUGGACGACCAAUCCUUCGAGUUUAUGUCAACUUAUCCCUUGGAUGCGUUUGAAUACGCUUGCUCCAUACUAAGCUGCUCCUUCACCGACGACAAGAAUGUCUAUUACUGUGUUGGAACCGCAUAUGUUUUACCGGAAGAAAACGAACCAACCAAGGGAAGGAUAUUGGUAUUUAUAGUAGAGGAUGCGAAACUGCAACUUAUCGCUGAGAAAGAAACCAAAGGAGCUGUGUACUCUCUCAAUGCCUUUAAUGGAAAGCUUCUCGCUGCUAUCAAUCAGAAGAUUCAGUUAUACAAGUGGAUGCUGCGUGAUGAUGGCACUCGUGAAUUGCAGUCUGAAUGUGGACAUCACGGACACAUUCUAGCUCUCUAUGUACAGACCCGUGGAGACUUUAUCGUUGUUGGUGAUCUCAUGAAAUCGAUCUCCUUGCUUAUCUAUAAGCACGAGGAAGGUGCAAUUGAGGAACGAGCUCGGGACUACAAUGCUAACUGGAUGUCUGCUGUUGAGAUACUCGAUGAUGAUACCUACCUUGGCGCUGAGAACAAUUUCAAUCUGUUAACGGUGAAGAAGAACAGUGAAGGUGCUACUGAUGAAGAACGAGGGAGGUUAGAAGUAGUUGGGGAGUAUCACCUCGGGGAAUUCGUUAACAGAUUCUGCCAUGGAUCGCUCGUGAUGAGGCUGCCUGAUUCAGAGAUCGGUCAGAUCCCAACUGUUAUUUUCGGUACAGUCAAUGGAAUGAUUGGAGUCAUUGCUUCGCUGCCACAAGAACAGUAUGCUUUCUUGGAGAAGUUGCAGUCGAGUUUGAGGAAAGUGAUCAAAGGAGUAGGGGGACUGAGCCACGAGCAGUGGAGAUCGUUUAAUAACGAGAAGAGAACCGUGGAGGCGAGGAACUUUUUGGAUGGGGACUUGAUCGAAUCGUUUCUGGAUCUGAGUAGGAACAAGAUGGAGGAGAUAUCUAAAUCCAUGAAUGUUCAGGUGGAAGAAUUGUGUAAGAGAGUUGAAGAGCUCACUAGGCUUCACUAAAGCCCUCAUCAAAAUCAAUGCCAUAAGCUAUGUUUUUCCCUUCCUUUUUAAAACUUAUGUUGAGUUGAAAGUCUUUUGUCAUUAACAGCUUUUGAAGUUUGAUUGACUUGUUGUCUUCGUGAUAGAUAACUUUGCUCAAGUGUUGUCUGUCUUUGUCAAACCAACUCUUUUUCAAGUCUUUUGGAUUGAAAAAAAACGUGAA